AUGUUUGGAGGAAAGCCAAUUCAGACAUCAGGACAGGCCCAAGCAGACGACCAAGUGAAUACACACAAGAAUGUCCAGUCAUGUCAUAUCCUCUCUUCAGCUUUUGACAAUCGCAGAACAAUCCACAGGCUUUACCAGAACGGUACAACCCGGCGGACAUUUAGUGACUACGCAUCCUCUCGCACAGCGCCUGGUAGCAUGAAUCGUCGCUCAUCCGCUCCAGUGAGCACUCGAUCGGAAUUCGAAAAGGCCUGGAGGAAUGACCUCCCCGAUACGCAGCCUUCGCAGCCACUAGAGGCUCUCGCGACCACGACAGAUAUUCCUCUUUCUCGCCGUGAUCGUAGGAACAGCAGUAUUCCGUACGAAAGACAAUCUAGCGAAGCUGCGUCGGGCUUACACACGUUAGAAACAAAUUGCCUGGUGCUUCCACUCCGCCUGUAUCCUACGACAACUGGCCCCUCUGAAGGUCACAAGCGGAGCGUAUCUCAUACUCCGCAACCCGUUCAUUCGAGUCCAACCCCGACACGCCGGUGGCAAUCGGACGUGACUGGCUCGUCGCGGGUGUCUCGUACAUCGGGCUCACGACGUGAGAGAAUUCGGUCCAUCAUUCGACAGUUCAGACGACCUAGCUGGUCCGCAACAACCCCAUCUUGCCCCGCUCGGACGAGUAACGACUUGACCUCAGCCGAUAAUUCAACUGCACCGUUAUUGGUUGAAUUGUCUCAGACCGGAUCUCGAGCUGACAUUGCGCAACUUCUUGAGAAUGGUCAUGAUAUUGAAGCUCGUCACAUGUCCACUCGCCGAACGGCAUUACUUGUCGCAUCUCAGAACGCAAACGAAGAAGUCGUAGAGUUGUUGCUUCAAAGGAACGCGCGAGUGGAUGCCACCGAUAAAUCCGGAUCGACGGCUUUGCAUCUAGCAGCUUCCCGCGGCCACUAUAUCGACGUGCGGAACUCUAAUGGCCAAACAGCCCUCUGGCUGGCAGCGUAUUAUGGCCACCUCAAUGCGCGAGCAGACAGCCAGACUACUGCGCUGCAUGCUGCCGCAAAACAAGGUGAUGCAGCGAUCAUUCACCUUCUGGACGGGAUGAUGAUGACGGCACUGCAUUAUGCUUGCGAGGCUGCGAAUAUCGAUGCGGCUGGAAACGAUCGCAGAACACCUCUCAUCUGCGCAGCCGCUACGGGCCAACUGUUUGCAGUCCGAUUGCUGUUGAAGCGGAAGGCCUCGGUUCGGUGCCUCGAUGAUGCUUCAAUGACGGCCUUGCACUGGGCCGCUUUUAACGGGCAUACCGAGGUUAAGACUGUGUUGGCUAAAACAAACAUCGCUGCAGCGAUGAACGGACAAUUCGCAGUUGUUGAGCAUCUCAUUCGCAAAAACUUGCCUCUAGAAGCUCGCUGCCACACCGGCUUCACGCCACUUCACUACGCAUGUAUAGCAAACAGCUUGGAAGUCGCCAGAUUGCUGCUCAUAUCGGGCGCCGAUAUAGAAGCUUGCGUUAGCCCCGACCUACGUAGAUCUGUCCACAUAGCGGCUGCUGAUGGAUCCAUGGCUUCUCUGAAAGCUCGCGACUCUGUGGGAGAUCGCGCGCUCUGCAACUUCCUAAAUCGAGGGUCACCCAUCUACCUACCAUAUGAAGAGAUGUCCGAGGAGGAUUCCCCAUUGUGUUUAGCAGCGAUGGGAGGGCAUCUUCCUGUGCGCGAUGAAAGGGGCUGGCCGCCCUACCGACAUGCCGCUUACUACGGACACCCUGACGAGGAUGCUGAUUUAGGACUUACGGUGGACCGCAUUGGCUUUGCCCCUUCGGCAAGCAUCUCCGACGAGCGAAAGCUGGAGGUGCAGAACCUGUUAUUUGACGUCGUACCUUCUUGGACUUUUUCUUUUCCAGCGGAAAAACACGAUCAAGCUUUGCAUCGACCAGCGCCGGUCUUCUGGUCCGAUUCUCCAAUGGAGACCCAUACCGCCCCAAAAACAACCAUAAUCCCCCAGGAACUACCCGGGACUUUAGAACAAGGGCUACCCACAAGCCGAUCCCACACCCCGGAGCAUAUGCGUCGAGAAGCCAGCCCUAACCAUGGACCCUUGAGACUCAGUGGCAUGCCAGGGGCGUUCAUCGUAGAAGAACAGGCGUUUGUUCCCGCGAACGAACAUCCAAUGCUUAGGUCUAGCGCGCGACCCCACCUUGACUCAUCUAGGAAACCCGGAGGGAUCAGUCUUCCCUUGGAGACAACAUUCGCUCGGACGAAAGGACCGACUUUCUUGCCGGAAUCGCCAAGCUCAGUCAUCGACCCGCGUUGUGCCAGAUACUCCUUGUCUUCCAUCUGGAUGUCAAGCCCAGUGUAUCAGAGGGAAUCCGAGGAGGACGAACACUGGGACUCAGAAUCGUCUCUCUCAUCAGUAUACACGGCGUUGGAGUGUGAAGCAUUUGAGCUUGCCGUGUGA